GUGUAGUGUGUGUCCCAUGGCAGCGGCGUGCAAAGUGAGGUGGUGCAGCCGUGGCUUAGGCUUAGCAGGGUAUCGACUACGCCACCGGACUUCGUGGCCCGGGGAUAAGCUGGUGCUGCAGUGUCCAGGGUGUGCAGCUGGCUCGUGGCGAGUAAUACACACUGGGAUGGACUGGUUAAGCCCAUGCUUAAGAAUGUGAAUUUCUGUUUAUAUGGCAAUGAUGCAAACUUGGGAAAAGAGAAUUUAUAUUCUGACAGCAAGGACAUGGUCAAACAAAGUACCACCCUUGGUCAUUACAAUCCACAGGUAAACGGCAACAGACAAAAAAUGGACACUCAGUUAUUCUCUCCUUUGCUAGGAGGGAUUACUAGUACACCGCCACCUCUGGAAUCGUCCCGGUUAUAUAGUCACUGGUCCGUGUGCGGAGACGAUGCCAAUAAAACAACAACUUUACAAGACUGCACAAAAAAAAGGCCACAAAUAAACCUUUCUUACUCUGGCAACGGUCCAGAUAUGUUUGGGUUAGUGUCAAGCAUCUUAGAAGAGCCAAACAAGCCAGAACCAGUUACGGAUUGGAAUUCUCUUUCAAGACUGUUUCCACCCAUGUGGGCAUCUGACCUUGGAAACAACGGUGACUUCUCAGGGCUUUCUUCCAAACACUCUUUAGAAAGUAAGGAUUUUCCAAACCUGAUUGGUGCACCAAACUACUAUCAAGAACACUUGCAAAAGUCACCUGAUCUGGAAACUUUACACAGGGGGUUUGAGGACCUUCAUCUUAUAGAGUCUUGGCUUGCUCCCCCAGACCCUUCCACUCUGCCACCUGACAAUAUCUUGAACAUUUAUCCAGAAAAUUCUGCUUUUCAAAAUAAUGCCAUCAUUCAGCAAGAACAGUUUACAUUGCAAAAUUUAGAGUUUAAUCAACAUGUGUGCAAUUACGACAAGAUGAAAUUAAACGGGAACUAUGAAAAGAAUUGCUCCGAUUUUAGCACUUAUUCUUCUCAAAACAGAAUCAAAGAUGUCGCUAGCAUUCAGAAAGAGUAUUGGAAAACUGACCGAGCAAGAGGGAAACUUAUGAAAAAUGACACCCACGAGCAAACCAAGUACUCGCCUAAUUUAUCCAGUCCCCCUGUUGAUGGCACGUGGGACAAAGUGUCCCAGGAUAACCACAGGUUUCCUAAAAGAUAUGAAGACUUUACAGCUUCUCAUAAAUCUCAGCCACCUAUUCACUCAUCACAGUGUUUUUUCAAUCAGUCCUCAUCUACUAAGGAAAAUAGCUUUGUUGGAGUAGCAAACAAAAAAUCACAGGGAGCCCGUAUGCAAAAUGGCCAUAAUUGUUUCAAUUUGGGGGAAACCUUGAAUAACAACGAAUGUAAGAUCCAUCUGAAUCCUCAAGAAUGUUCUCAUAAACCCCCUGAAUAUGAUUUGUCUGUAAAAACUGUUCAACAAAAUGGAAAUUAUUCAUCUUACCAUGGGCAUGCGUGGCUAGAUGGUAAAAUCUUAAGUCCCACAACUGCAUCUGAUCUUGCAUACGGUAAGCAAAACCAAGUAGUAACAAGCCCACAGUCCUCUUCAGGGGUUUCAACUAUGUCCAGUGGAUCCCCCACACACCAGUCUGUAACCCAGGCCUCUUACUACUCUCAAGUGUCACCAGUACUUUCUGCACGGAAAGAUGGAAGGUUACAAGUAUCAAAUGGUAUUUCUAGUAAUAUGGGGAUUUCUAACUUUGUUGCAGAAAAUCAGAAGCAAAUUAAGCCUAUUGGGCAUUCCCAGCAUGAUUCGUUGGCUAGCAAGGAGGGGCAGUAUCGCAAAUUGCCCAUUAACUUUUCAUCCAACUGGUUAACACAACAGAACUCUAGAAGCGAAGAGUCGGAAAGGUAUCAUCGAGUUCAAAAAAAGCAAUGUCAAGACAGUAACAAAGAUGAUAAAAGAGGUGGUAGGAAAAAUUGGAUUCCCCACCCUGGAUACGCGACUGCAAAUCGUCAGCACUUCAACGUGCUCCGAAAGAGACAAGAGCAGAACGGUGGCAACAUGUCGGAUUUCAUCAAUCCUUCUUUUCUUCCCUCUUUCCCAUUAAUGUCUGAUUUUAAGCAGAAUCCCAGCUUUCCUCCAUUUAAUACCCACCCGUUUUCAUCAGCAAAUAAUUUUGCAUUUCCUCCUUCACCGUUUCCAUUUUCGGAACUUGUUGACCUCUUUCACUAUGAUGAUUUUAACCACUUGAAUCCCUUCAUUAAUGAUCUUCUUUGUGGGGAAAUAGCUGCACCAUACUUUGCCUUUCCAACACCUUUUAACAAGUAUAGACCUCCACGAAAUCGAAGUGGGCCUGCUAAUGAGCUUCACACGCGAUUGGAAGAGUGUUAUGAGCAGUGGAGAGCUUUGGAGAAAGAGCGGAAAAAGGCUGAGGCUGAUCUUGCAAGAAAUUUUCCAGGAAAGCGGGUAUCUAGCUCAAAUAACACUCCUGUUUCUCGACUUCCUGCUAACCCUUCAAGAGUGGAUCGUUUAAUUGUGGACCAGUUCCGGGAACAGGCCAGAGUACUCGCCUUAAUAGGAAAAAUGGAAAGGCUUCAAGGUAGUCCGGUCCAUGGUAACAUAGCUGCUACUCUGGAGCAUCAUUUAGAAGCCAUCCACGUUACACAAGCAAGGCGUAAGGAUGAGAUCGUUAAUGCUGCUAGUCUGCAGAGACAAGGAGCGCCUCGUUAUAAUAGUGAGAAAGAUGUCCUUGCUCUGGCAGUCGCCAUCAAAGAAUUAGCUGUCUCCACACGCAAGGCUCGUACCGCUUUAUGGUGCGCGUUGCAGAUGACUCUACCGCAAACCUCCUUGAGCAGUCCCGUAAAACAGGAGGAAGUUGAAAGGGUGCUGGAAGAGCUUUGCCCUAGGAGUGCAAGCACGCAAGAAAAAAGUGCGGGACACGAAGACAAGGGAAGCAAAGAAGAAAAACCUGAAGAACCAAUGCAGAUUUUUGAAUAAUAGCAAAAAAAUUACAAAAAAAAACAAAAGGGGGGAGAGGGAACGAGUGCAUUGUAAUGUACUAGACAUAUUUUUUUGCUAGGUUAUACAAAACGAGAAUAACAUAACCGAUCAGUACUGCAGUUUUAUUACUGUGAUUCUGGUGUCGCGACACACUACUUGUAAUAGUGUUACUGAAGUUUUAAUAUUGCUGGUAUACUGCAGUGUCUACUUCAUAAAAUAAGGAUUUUAUUAAGAAGGGGAACUGGGCAGGAGCUGAGCAUUUCCUUGACCACUUGCCCCAAGCUCUGUGUCGGUUAUGACUCAAGUCAUCAACUGAGUAACCAGUGAGUGGCUAGGCUAAUUUUUUCAUUUGUUAUACAAUGUAUCCUAUUUUAGAAAUGCCAUUUAAAAGUUAUUUUAUAGUUGUUGUCCUUUUAUUUUUUUGCAUCAUUAUGUAGUUCUUUUAAGUGCCAAAGUGAUUGCUAAAUAAUCUAAUUUUCUAUCCUGUCACUGCACACUGAAUGGUCCACACUUUUAUGCAUUAUUAUUGUGACAGGGUGUCUAAUCUUUCAGGUAAUUGCCAAAAGCAUGAUGAGAAUAAUCGGUGUUUAAUGAUGCUUCAGCAAGUUGUGCUGCCAAUCUAAACCAAAUUUUCCCACGGAGUUGUCCUUGUUACAAAAUGUUAGAUUUAAAAAAUGAUGGAGACUUUAGAGUUGUAUUAAAUGUUACAUUAAGAGAGAUGUUGGCAGGUGAUAUAAAUGUAUCACUCAGGAUUAGAAAAGUUAGGUUUACUGAUGCCUCGAUGGGUUAAAAAGAGUAACAAUAUAAUUUAGUAUGCACUUAAUUGAAAUGAUGUGGUUAUUAACAUACGUUUAUGGUACUAUAAUUUUCUGAAACAUUCCAUAUUUAUUUUAAUGUUUUAAUUGUAUGUUUAUUUAAAAAUCUAUUUUAGUAAUAUACAGUUGGGUCUUUUGCCAAACCUUCCUAAUAAUCAUAAUUAACGAUUUACUCAGGAAAUAUGUAUAUUAUAUAUAAAUAUACACAUGGUAUUUAGGGAUUUUUUGGGGGAAGAGAUGUUUGCAAAAUAUUUACAUAAAGCUAACUAUAUACUAGGUUACCAAAGCUGUUUAACUGAUUUGUUUUAGCAUGAGAAGAUUUCAUAUAUUUAAUUGCUAUUACUAGUCGUCAUCCUGUGGCUUAGACAAUCAGAAGUGUUAUGUAUCAAUGUGAAUGUACAGGGUGAGAAUUAGAAAAGGAAGAGUAAUUCACGUUUUGUUCUUAUUGCACUAAUUAUAAGUAUUUUAAUGCUUUAACAAUCGUGUCUUAAUGUUAGAUUGUCUCUUAAAAUGUACUAAUAACCAAGUAAUGGUCUUAGGUGUUAGUAUGUUGAUGGACAGCUUUUGAAGAGCAGCUCGUGUUUUAAAAAUAAUUAUGCUGAGGAUAGCAGGAAAGGCUGAGAGAUUCCAGAAGAGAAUUGAUCUGUGGUCCAUAAUGUUAUGAUGUUGAAUUUUGACUUUACGCGUAAAUGCAGAAUCCUGUUUCCACAUAUACGUACCUGCUAAAUAUUUCAGACAGUCCGUAGUUUUGGACCUGUGAAUGUUUUGUUUUUUGGUUUUUCCCAGAACAGAUGUAGUUUCAUAGUACCGUUAUUAACAGGGAUGAGGCAAUGAAUGCGCAGUUGUGUAGAAGAAGCCCCGUUUUGACCUGCUGAGUAAAAAUGAAAAGAAAAAAAGAAAGAAAUGUGAUUGCAACUAUGCUCCGUGUUUUGUAAGGAAAACCCAAUUCAGCUCACCUGGAUAUUUUUUCAGUCUUAGUCUAAACCUACAAGUCCGUUGUAAAGAGAGUUAGUUCACUGCAGUGCGAGUGGGUUUUCUGCAUGUGCGUGUGCAGUUUUAUUUGCACAAAUGAAUUUCAGAAGGUCAAAUAGGCUUUUGUGAGAAGUUAGCUGUAGUCUGUAGUCUGAAAGAACGCCCGAGUUACAGUAUUUGAGUUACUGAUGGGAUUUACGUGUUUGAUUUUGAUGAUUAUUAACAGGAAAUCAGAGUUUGAGCGUCUUGAUUUGCAUUUCUGUUUACAGAAUGUUUCUAGUUCUGCAGGAUUGUUUUGUAGUAGUGAAUGUAUCGGACAUACCAAGUCCUUGUAUUUUUUUGUGUGUUGUUUAUUAUCGUGAAGGAAUGUGGUCUUAAUUGGUUCCUAAUAUAGUUAACGUGCCUUUUAACAGUCUUAUUUUUCAAAAACGGUAAGUAACUGUGUAUGCUCACUUCGGCUUUCUAUUGCAAUUUAAUAAUACAUUUAAAGGGGUUACAAUGUAGCUGCACUUGACUAUAGCUAAGAAGUAGCAUAUAUCAAUAUUGUUCUUGCAUAAUGUUCGAUUUGUCCAGUUAUUGGGAUCUUUUAACAACUGUAAAGCACCCUAGCUGUUGAGAUUUUGCCACGAGUCAAACGUAUUAAUAACCGAUCUCGGUUGCAACCAGUGUGCUUGCUUAAUUUGUUUUGACUUGAUCUGCUUGUUUCUUCAUAAAAACGAAGUAUGCGAUGGACAUGUUAGCAUGGAAAUGUUUUUCUGUGCGUUUCUUGCAAUACUCUAACAAAUAGCAGCAAUAGAAAUGCGGACAGCAAAACGGAACUGCUCGAAUGUCUUCAUUCUGUGCGUGACGUAUCCCAUACGCUCGUGUUUCAGGGGAAAACGAGUCUUUUGUAAAUGGACCAGUUUGCAUUCAGGGUUGCAGUCCCCUGAACACCCCUAGUAUUUCUAGGUGAUUUUAGCGCUCCACUUGACAGUGAAAUACAAUUAACGUAAGUAGCGGGUCUGGUCUCCGCGAGAAUAAGUAUUGCGGCCUUGUUUGCUUCGUGGCUAAUCCUAUUCUUUGACUUCAGUGGAAGCAGGAUUGGGUUAGUAAGAUCGCAGUCUUGAUUAAACUAGCCGUUGAUUUGCGUGAUAUUUGGGGGUGGUUUGGUUUUGUUUGUAAAACCAACAAACACAUGGUGAAUUUUCCAUUUUGCAACGUUUCCACCCGUCUUGGAAAGAGUUUUUUAUUUGAUUGGCUUGCGCAAUUAGAAUUGGUGGAUGAGAUGGGAGGAAAGAUUUGCUGCCAGCACUAAUUGAGAGCAACCGAAUAUUACGAAGCCUCUCAAUUGUAAGAGUGCAGGCUGUUUAGAAAAUGAUUUUUCAAAUCAGGGUCAUUGCAAUACAGGUGUAUGUAUUUUGAUAAAAUAAAGGUGACCUUUUUGAUUUGGAGAUCCCAAAUCAUUAAUACAAUAUAAAGCAUAGGCUUGAAGAUUGCAGUUUGUUGGGGACGUAACAGAAGUGAAACUAGUGGUGGUUCUGUCUUAGCAGCCCCGCGGGGAGCAUCCGCUCUGCCCACUGCAACACGAGCACGCUUGUGCCCGUGGCUGUACCUCUACCUCUCCUCGGCACCCCUAACCUUCUUGUGAUGAUUGAGGUAUUUCGACAGAACUACUAUAAAGAUCUUACUAAUAGGAUCAAUGUUAUUUGUCACUAAUUACUGUGUUGCUAAGGAAGAAGUGCUGCCCUGCGGAGCGGUGUCCUAACAGGGGAAGACUUCCAGGAUUCAGAUGGGUUGCACCAGUCUCGUGCUCCCCACGUGUUGAUCCUGCUGCUCUUCCUCUCCGCGUGCCGCAAUACAGCUGUUAGAAAGCACGUCUUCUACGUGAUAGUGGAUGGGUCGAAUGUCCCAAACGGUCGAUUUUACGUUUAGCACAAAGCUAACAUUUUUUUACCUGAUGCCUCUUUAAUCUUGGUUCUCCUCUGCCCGAAAUCCUAGCAUUCGCCUCGACUCGGGACACAGGGUUAUGAGAGGCCACAGCUACUGCUUGUCACUGGAGUGAGGCUAUGAACUUGAAUGUGUGGGUUGUAUUACUACUGAAAGGAAGAAUAAAACCACUCCAACCAGUAUAAUUAAAAAAAUCCCAAAACAUAAGAUUGCAUUUGUCAUUUUCUGCCCUGUUCUGAAACCUGGAUUUUGUUCUCUCCCUGUUCUGGGGAAGUUGUGAUGUCUUAAGAGAACAACCUAAAAAAUAAGAGAACUGCUUUCAGCCGGCCUGAAGAGCCUGGUUUUUUAUUCAUGAUAUUGCAUUAAUUUUUUUUUCUUCAUUCUCCCCCUCCAUCUUUUUAAGACAUCGCUGUUCAUUUUUUUUUAAAGGCUUCAGUUUAGGACUCGCCCACCCCCUACACCAGAUUUUGCAAGAACCGACCUCCAUACCGAAAGCCAGCAGGGAGCACAACGCGGGUAUUUUAUGUGAUCGUAGUAGAGAGCUGCAUUUCAUGCAUCUCUUAAAACUGUAUGUUGAGUCGUGAUUCGGCUCCAUAGAAAACGGGUACAAUCCUGCUUCCAGGGAAGUCAUUAGGUUUGCCAGCUUUUUAUUUCAGUUGAGCUUUGUGUUUUAUGACCUGAGAUGUUAAUCUGAGAUCGCAUCGUUUUGUGCAUGCAAGCUUUGCAGUUCCCCUUUGACUGUUCGGUAUCAAGAAAUUCCAGAAAAAUAUGCAUUCCCCGUGUCGUUGAGAGUAUCCGUACCACGGUAACACAUUGGAAUUGGAAACGCAUUUUGCUUUUGUGCAAAGCUGGGGAAUGCACCUUCUGUACACGCUUUGGCUAAGUCGAGUCUAUAGGCGGCCGAGAAUUUUGCACCUUGUUUAUACUGAUUUGCCUGGAUAGAAAUACAGCCUUAACCAUGGUAAGAUCUUGACUUGUCUCCAGUGCAGUUUAUCCGUCUCAAUCACCAGCACUUUUCUGUUUUGUGAAGUUUAUGUACAAUUAUGAAAAGAGAAAUUGUGCAUCUAUGAAGUUACUUUAUAUUAUAAAUUGUUUUACAGUUUGCUUUUAACAAACACUAUUGCUUUUUAUUUUAUUUUAUUUUUCGGACAGGACAGUCGAAUUGGUUUAUAUAUAACACGGUGAUGUUUUUCUUUAUUAGCAAUACUAUAAUUAAAGGUGCAAGAUAAGGUGCAUUUUAAUGUACUUAUUUAACUUUUGUUGUUAGAAGUAAAAAAAAUAACAAUGUGUGGGGUAAACCAGCUUAUAGCAGCUUUUUUUUUCUUAAAUGGGGGAACUGGAACUCUAAAUCUUCUUUGCUGCUUAUUUGCCAAUAAGCUUUAAAAACCAACAUAUGUGCAUAGACUAGAGAAUGAGAGAAGGAGUAGACCAGUGUCGACUUAAGAAAAUCCGUUGCCAGAUAAAGGUUGCUUUACGUUUUUUACUGUAUAUAAUACAACUGGUUUAACACUUGUUUUUGCACAGUAAUAAUGAGCAUAGUUUUUUCACAAGAUUAGGCUAUUUCCAAUAUAUAUGGGGACAAAUAAGUUUACUUUUAUUUUUUAUGACAAAUAUAAAAAGAUUAAUAGUGUCUAUAUUUUAAUAUACUGUUUGGUGUCCAAAGUAUAUCUUUUACAUGUUGGUCAAACACAUUAAACUUAAAAACAGAUUUUUACACUGCUAGUGAAAUAUUGCUGACAAGAAGAGAGUUUUUGCGAGCUGCUCCGUUUAGUGGACCCAACAGAAAUAUGUGCAAGUACAAUUUAGCUGAAAAUAUAAGAUGUCAUUUGUUAGUUAUACAAGACUUUAAUCAUAGUCGAUUUUUUAGGCUCAUUUCAGUGUUUCUGUAGACGACGGAUAUUUGGUGAACGCUGCAAAAAUCUCACUUCUACCUCUUGUGUAACACUAAACUUAAAAAAAAAAGUUAGUUAUACUACACAGACUUCUGUUGGGAUAGGCUUUGCUAAUAUAGGAAGUGGGUACAUCUCGUUUUGUGAACCCGAGGUGCAUUUUUUUUUCUGUAAAUCGCUUGUAUUACGUGGAGCCGCCAGGAUGCCUCAUGGCCGGGGCUGGGUUGUAUUCACUCGUGUCAAGUAGCCUACCACGUGAGCUGCGUGCAGUUCUCAUAUUAAGAAACUGGUCCAAGAGCAGAAAGAGAUGCUAAGGUUUGUUACAUGUAUGAAAUUCUCAGAUGUAUGAGACUUCUGUAAUAAAUCACGGCCAGUGUAAUUUUCUAGUAUUUUAUGUAUAUAAUUGAUUUUUUUUUUUAAUUUAAAUAAUCAGUUAUGUUGUAUGUAUGUGCCUAAUAAAUAGUUACAGCCGUUGUUUUGUUCAGUUGAACUUAUGUUAAUUAUCAGCUUCUGUCCUUCGUGUGAUUUUUUUUCCUCCUGUUUUGUAAUUCAGCACUGAAAAGACCUGUUGUGUGUUCUGGAUAACACUUGCAGUUAUGAAAAUAAUUAAAGUACAUCAUAUUUUAA